UAACGCACGUUACCGCUACCGCUUACAUCCCAGAGGUGUCGUUACGUUCAGCAGUGCGACGUUAAGAUAUUGCUGAAUUGGAUUGUAGGAUUGAAAAAUGGCAUCGAAGAAAAGGACGUCACACUCUGCCGAGGAGGACGAAGACGACGACGAUAGUUAUGUCCCAUACGUACCCAUAAAGCAGCGUAAGCGACAGAAACUGGAACAGAUGUCUCAGUUGAGGAUGGACAGUAUUGCCAGGAAAGAAUCGCAAACAGUUUCCGAUGGGGUCGUGACUGGCAAGUUAACGGAAGAUGCUGAUUAUGAGGAGCCUUUUGGACGCAAGAAUAAUGUUUCUCUUCUCGAUCAGCAUAGUGAGCUAAAGAAGCAAGCAGAGGCUCAAAGAGAGUCAGCUUAUGAGAAACAAGUCAGAGAAGAGGAGAAGAUAUUGGAGAGUGUAGCUGAGAGAACUGCUUUAAUGGCUGCCACUGAACUUGCUAAAGGUAUUCAAUAUUCUGAGAGUCUGAGAACAGGAUGGCAGGCACCAAGGUAUAUAAUGCAUAUGCCUAAGUCAAAACAAGACAGAAUUCGGGCAAAGUGGCAUAUCUUGGUUGAGGGUGAUUAUGUGCCACCACCUAUAAAGACUUUCAAGGAGAUGAAGUUUCCCCAGAUUGUUCUACGUUUGCUGAAAACUAAAGGAAUCACUCAUCCUACACCCAUACAAAUUCAAGGAAUUCCAGCUGUGCUUCAAGGAAGGGACAUGAUUGGUAUUGCUUUUACAGGAUCUGGAAAGACAUUAGUCUUUGUUCUGCCGCUUAUCAUGUUUUGUUUGGAGCAGGAAAGGCGAUUGCCAUUUGUUCGUAAUGAAGGUCCUUAUGGUCUUAUUGUCUGCCCUUCGAGAGAAUUGGCUACUCAAACGUAUGAUGUAAUCUAUGAACAUGCGGAAGCUCUGUACAAAGAUGGGCAUCCCAGAAUAAAGUCAGUUCUUUGCAUGGGUGGAACUGCAAUGAGAGAUCAGAUUGAAGGCAUUAGAAGAGGUGUUCACAUUGUCGUGGCAACGCCUGGAAGGCUGAUGGACUUGUUAGACAAGAAAUUUUUAAAUGUAACUAUUUGUCGCUACUUGGUACUGGACGAGGCUGAUCGUAUGGUAGACAUGAGCUUUGAAGAAGACAUAAGAACAAUUCUUUCAUAUUUUAAGUCUCAAAGGCAAACGUUACUGUUCAGUGCUACGAUGCCUAAAAAAAUUCAGAACUUUGCACGAAGUGCCCUUGUAAACCCAGUCACAAUCAAUGUAGGAAGAGCUGGAGCUGCGAAUCUGGAUGUCAUACAGGAAGUAGAGUAUGUGAAGCAGGAAGCUAAAAUCGUUUAUCUCCUGGAAUGUCUACAAAAGACUGCACCACCAGUGUUAGUGUUCGCUCAGAAGAAGGCAGAUGUAGAUGAUAUGCACGAAUAUCUACUGCUUAAAGGUGUAGAGGCAGUUGCGAUUCAUGGAGGCAAAGAUCAGGAAGAAAGGCAUUGGGCAGUUCGUCAGUUUAAAGAGGGACACAAAGACGUUCUCAUAGCAACCGAUGUGGCAUCGAAAGGUUUGGACUUCCCCGAUAUUCAGCAUGUUAUCAAUUAUGACAUGCCGGAGGACAUGGAAAGCUAUGUGCAUCGAAUUGGUCGAACAGGCCGAUGUGGGAAAACUGGUUUGGCAACAACGUUUAUCAAUAAAGGAUGUUCGGAGUCGACUCUCAUCGACUUGAAGCAUCUCUUGGUCGAAGCCAAACAGAAGAUUCCACCCGUCUUAGCUGCAUUAGAAUCACAAAACGACGACUACCUUGAACUUGGAGAGGAACGUGGAUGCUCGUACUGUGGCGGUCUUGGUCAUCGAAUAACAGAGUGUCCCAAACUGGAGGCAAUGCAGAACAAGCAAGCGGGCAGCAUCGGCCGUCGAGACUACCUCGCUAACUCGUCAGCGGACUGGUAGCCAGAGUGUAAGUGGGGGUAUAUGGUGAUAGGAGUAAAUGGGUAUAGGCAUGCACAUGCAGGACAGAGCAGAUGUAUGCAUACAGAAAAGUUGUACCACAAAGUCGGUGAAAUCCGAGACUACAGUGUAUUGACACCGACUGCAGCUUGUACCACACGCAGUAUCCAAUGAAUAAAAUAACGCGUUCUGUUUUCCAAUGGGAAAAAUUGAAAUGAAGUUUACAGAGG